GCUAAUGCGGGGACAAUUAAAGUUUGUAUAAGAGUGAGACUUUACAGGUAAAAGCCAUUCAAAGACUUUUAAAAAGAUUUUUUUUUUUUUUUUUACAAAUAAAUCCUCCUUAUAAUUUCUCGUUUGAUCAAAGUAUCAAGAGCUCUGGAUAAAAAUAACAACAACACUAGGAUGUAAUCAGAGAACAUAAUAAUUACUGGGUUUUUUUUACACGUGCACGCGUGGAAUGCAUGUGUUUUUAUCAUUGUUACCUUUCGGCAUGCAUGUAUAAUACGGAGUCUCUGUCUCAGUAUUGUGGAAUAAAUUAUCGUAUUUGACACGUCCUCUGCCACAACAUACCGUGCGGAUUAUAACACUGAUAGAAAUCUACACUCUUGGGACGGACGACAAAAAUAUUUGUGUAGUAUAUGGAGUGAAAGACACAGUUACUUCUGAAGAUAUACACAAGGCUGAAGAUGCAACGAAGAGAAAUUCCAUGUAGUGAUAAAACCCCAAAUAUCUGUCUCCUGAAGGAUAUUCCUCCGCGGCUCCAACAUGGGAAAUGAAACUUCUUCGCCUGAGGGGACCAGGAAAAGUGGCGUGUUUGAGAGUCCGGUGAUUUUCCCUAACCCUGAUAAGGAGCUGGAUGACGGGGGCGUGUAUAAGGGUGACACCACCAGUGACCGCAUUCGCAAAGUUUCAGAAAUACUACGGAGAAGCCUAGAGAUGGACGUUGAGGAGAAUGACGUAAGGAAUUGUGACGUAGUUUUACACAGCUUGGAAGAAAAUGGAGGCGAUAUCUCUCCCCAUUCCCCAACCUUCCGGAGUUCCGUCACAAUUCAUUUAACACCGUGCGUUAAAUAUCUCGAACCAACUGAUACAGAAAGUUCAUCCAAAGAAAACAUUGAUAUAAAACCAACUGACCGAUCGUGUCAUAACGAGGAACGAUCGACUGGUGAAAAUGAUCAAGUACUUGAUCAGAAUAUUGACAAGGCUAUCAGUAAUUCGUGUAUGAGUAGUGCAGAGGCUCCGUUAUGCAAUGGCGACACAUCAGCUAUGAAGGGGAGUGAAGCCAUGGUUGUUGCAGACGAUGAAGGCAGCGAUGAAGUAGUAACAGUGACCCGUGCCCAGUAUCACCGCGGAAAUAGCAACAUUGAUGAAUACAUAGAAAAAGCCAGAGUUUUCGCUCUGAAAACCAAUGGAUUUACAACAGGUGUGUCUGAUAGUGAUGACAAACUUGACGGAAAUGUCUAUUGCGAUGGAAAUAAUAAGACUGAUAAUGAAGAAAUUGAUCAGGUUGAAAGUGAGGAAAUGUUGACAUUGUGUUCCAAACCAGACCAACAAAAUUAUGAAAACGCAGCAGUCGUUGAAGAAGCAAUACUACCACCAAACACGGUGAACGUUCACGUCGAAAAUCAAAUUGUAGACAACAAAGAAAAUGUGAAAGAGAAUCUGAAAUGUAUCAGCGAUAAAACAUACGAUAGAGAUAAUCUAGAAACAAAAGUCAUCUCGGAAAUUAUAAAGAAAGAGGAGAUUCAAAGGCAGACGUCUGCCGAGGAAGAGAAAGACAGAUCAAAGAGGAAAUCCCCUCUUUCAAAAUUUGGUGUUAAAUUCAAUGACGCAUGGAAGAGUAUUAAACCAAGACGAAAGGAAAGCAUGGAAAAAUCAAAAACUCGAGUGGCGGGGGCAUACGCGGCUGAACAUGACUUUACUGUAAACCACACAUCCCCAACAUACGAAAAAUCAUCAUUUCAAUGGGAGGAACCACAGAGAACCAAAGUGACCAUCCUUCAAACAAAUGGAAUUUCAUAUGAAGGAGCAACGCAGAAAGCGCAUGCCAUAUGCAGCGAGUAUGCAUGUGUUACCCGUAAAACCGGAUCCCCUGAGAUAAUUGAAGUAAUGCCAGAAACAAAUGAAGAUACGGAAUCUGAAUCGGAUUCGGAUUUAGAUAUUGAUACUGAUUUAAUUAUGAAAUCGACAGCUCCUCGUGUGGAAGCAGAGGACCUAGGUCCAGUUUACGUAGGACUUAUUGUGAAAGAUGUGAAAGACGAGGAGGGACAUACUGAUGUAGAAAAUUAUACUGAAAACACCAACGACAACACACAUGCUUUAACUGCCACAGAUGAUGAAGAUGAAACGAUCAGAGACGCUAUUGAGCAUAAUAACUUAAUUAGAACUGGUGAAAAUCAUAUCAAUGCUGACGUUGACCUUCAAAAUGUAAGCGAAAGUCGGGAUCAGGAGGUUGUAAACGAAAGUGUAGGUACGAAAACAGUGGAAACCGAUACAACAGUUCAUGAAAAGGGUCAAGAAUGCGGACAUAAAUCUCCAUCGCCUACAAAGGUAAAAAAGAGAAAUAGCCUUCUGAAAUAUCUGCUUCACAGAGAGAGUCCUAAAAAGAGCAAGAAAAAGGGUAAAGACCCGUAUGUAGACAAAAGAUCUGCACAAGGAGCAACGGCGUCAUUGGAUAUCAAAUCGAAAUCUGAAGCAGUAUCAUCUGACGAACAGCAGACAGACGCUAGCCAUGGUGAAAAUAACGAACCAAAACUUAUGUACGUGGAAUGUCGGGAGAAAGAAAUAUGUGCAGCAGAUGACGUUGACAAGAAGCCAAUUUGUUCUUCGAAUUCUUCAGACUCUGAAUUUGAUGAUAUUGAUUUAAAUUCAACCUCAGAAACGCAGUCUGAUCUGAAUGUUGAUAACACUAAAUUAGAAGAAUCAUUUUCCAAAGAGGAAAUAAAUUGCAAUGGAAAGGAAAUUGAUAUCAAUGAGUCAGAAAAAGACAUAACCAUUGAAAGUGCAGAUUUCAACCUGACACCAAUGGGCGACGAAAUCGAGGAAAAGGUUACACUAAGCCAUGAUCAAGAGAAAUCAGUUUUGAGCGAUUCUGGUAUUUCUGAUUAUGCUGUGAAUGAUUCCCAUUUGACUGAUUACCUGGACAACAAUAACAUGGAAGUAAGUGUCCAAGUCUUAGAGAACUCCGAAAACCAUGCUUCGGAGGAAAUUCAAGCAUCCGUUAUUGAUGUCACUUGUACAGAUGACAAUGUUAAUCUGACCGACAGCCAUGAUGCUACAGAUAUGAACAGAAGACAAGAAAAAAGGAAAUUAUAUGAUGAAGAAGAUGAAUCUCUUGAGUUACAAAGCACUUCUGGAGCCCAUACAGAAGGGGGCCCCGCAGCAUCAGCUAGUGCAAAAUCUUCACCGAUACGAAAGAAGAAAAAGAAAAGAACAAACAGCCUCAGCGCCAAAAUUUCAGACUUCUUUGGAGUCGCAGAAUUCAGACGUCGAAUAUCUACAUCGUCCAAUAAAUCUGACAAAAGCCCUCAAGAGGAAAAGAAUAUCUGGCCUAGAGAUGAAAAGAUUGAAGAGAGAAAGCACAGUGGCUCUUCUAUUCAUGAACAUGUGGAAACCAAAACCAUAGGAGCUGAUAUCACUUGUUCCGAAAUCAACGAAGAAAUAAUUCCCGAACGUUCGCUGGAGGCCAAAAGCAUGCCUGCACUUAAUAUAGAGCACUCACGCGAAGGAGAGGUCAAAACUAGUUCCGAAAAAACUCUUGAAAAGACCCGAGGAAAGGGAAAGGGUAGGCGUCCUCUGAAGUCGUCAUUUUUAGAAAGCCUUGGAUUACACACAAACAAAACUAAAACGAGGCCAUUCAUCAGCAAUCCGAUAAGACAGGGAAACAGAAAAAGUUUAUUUGACGAGGAAAUUCCGAUAGUUGUGGACCAGGACUUGCAUAUCAUCUCACUCUCAGAUGAUGAAAAUGAUGCAGACACGAAGUCUCAAAACAUCAAAGACAGGCUUCAAAAUGAAGCGAAAAAAAGCGAAGAUGGAAAAACAAUUGAAGUUACUACCAUGACUGUAGAGAACGAUAUACAGCUUCCCGCGAUUGAAAAUGAAAUUUUGGAAAAUUCAAAAUUGGUACUGGAGAAGUGUGCAGCAGAAGGGUCCCCAAGUAACGAAGCUAAUUCUGAGGAAAUUUCCCCAAAGGAAGGAUUCCGAAAUGUUGACUUUGAAACUACAGCCGAGGGAAAUUCCGUAGAGGAGGGGCCCUCAAAUAUUGAGGUUGAUACUAAAUAUGUGACAAAUCCCUUAGAAAAGAGAUCCCCAAACACUGAAGUUGAACUUAAAUCUGAGAAAACUUCCUUAGAGAAGGGUCCCCCAAAUAUUGAAGUUGAAAUUAUAUCAGAGAAAUAUUCCGUAGAGGAGAGAUCCCCUAAUAUUGUUGUUGAAAUUAAAUCUGAGAAAAAUUCUUUAGAGGAGCGACCCUCAAAUAUUGAGGUUGAAAUCAAAUCAGAGAAAAAGUCCUUACAAGAGGACCCCCCAAACAUUGAGGUUGAUAUUGAAUCUGAGAAAAAUUCCUUAGAGGAAGGACCCCCAAAUAUUGAGGCUGAAAUUAAAUCAGACAAAAAAUCCUUAGAGGAGGGACUCCGAAAAAUUGAGGUUGAUAUUGAAUCUGAGAAAAAAGUCUUAGAGGAUUUACACCCAAAUAUGGAGGCAAAAACUGAUUCUGAGAGUGAUUUCUUGGAAGAAGGAAUCCCAAGUGUUGCGGUUGAAACUAAAUCUGAGGAUCAUACUUUAGACGAAAAGCACACGAAUGUUGAGGUUUCAACUAACUCUGAGGAUAAUUCCCUGGACACGGCAAAUAUGAUGAUUACCGUGACUUCGCCACUCUCUUCAUCAAAAUCUACAGACGAAAGCUGUGAUCGGAGUGAAAGUGGAACUGAUACUUCAUUUCAUCCUGAAAUAAAGUUGAGUCCUGGGGAGUAUGUAUCUAUAAAGCAAAUUUCAGAGGACGCUGAGGAUGCACAAAACGUGACUGAUUCCAGGAAAUUUGAUCAAGACGAUUCCGAAUCAGCUCCAAAGGUAGAACCAAAAGCAUUAACGUCACAGAUUAAUCAACAUGGAAUUAAAGAAGAAACUAUUGAUGCCCAGGUCUGCGAUACGAACGUGAAACAGGCAGCUAAAAUUUCUGAACCAGACGUGAGGACAUUAGAAGCAGAUAUUGAAGCCAGUAAAGAAAUAACGGUUGAAAAUGAAUUUGAAAGGAAAUUUCAAGAAGUUACCUCUGAUAUGACUGGUCCAGAGGAAGUGAAAUUAUCGGAAUUAGAUACAGAAAUUCAAUUAGAAACGCCACCUGUUGCUCAUGAAAUGGAUGAAAAAGAUAUUGCUGUGAACGGUGUCAAUCUGUUUACAGAAAUGGCCAACAAAGAAAAGGUGGAAGAUGAACAAAAUGUUGAGGAAAUACUAUCUGCUAACAUCGAUGCAACGAAAACCGCUGAGAAAUGUUUGAAUGCUUGCAAUGAUGAAGUCAAUCCGCCGGACGACGAAAAUGAUUCUAAAGAUAUAGAAAACGAAACGUCAGUGGAUAAGAAAAGUGACGUGAAUGCUUUUAACGAUUCAGAAAACGCAAUGACACUGACAACCCCAUUAAUAGCUGAAAGUGUAAAUGAUUGCCAAAGAAAUAACAAUAAAAUGGAACACAGUUCACUUUCAAGUAAAGAAAACCAUAUAGUUUCAAAAUGUGAAGAGCCAUCCAAACUUGAGGCAAGUUGUGUGAAUUGUGUUGAAUGCGAAAACAAUGGAGAUCUUCCAAAUGCUUCUCGAAACCAUAUCACCGUAGAGGCGACUAUAGAAACACCUCCUGUGUCAAGUGAACUUGAUUUAUGUGAGAUGAGAGAUCCUGAGACAACAGAAAAGUGUCAAGAAAUCGGUGGUGAUCCAUUAUGCAAUGAUGCAGAAUACGACAGCAUUGACAUGGAAGACGAAAGGACAGUGGCAAUAGAAAACCCGAAUUACUGUGACACUUGUCAAGCUGAAUACAAAUCGCCUUUGGAUAAAGUUGAUGAUCUUCAUUCAGAGGUCCAAGUUGACGUUAGUGGAAAUAACACACACAAUUCAAUGACUUUACCUUCCAUCCCAAGCUCAGCAGAGGAGAGGAAAUCUUCAUCUGCACGGUCAGCCAGUAUGGAGGAAUUAACAGUGCAUUCUAGCCACAUUUAUGAAGAAAUUGAGAAAAAGAGACCAAUUAUUUAUCGACGAUUUUCAGAUAAAACGGAAAACAAGAAAGUGAUAUGUACCAGCCCGGAUCCAGAGGGGAAAAAGGUAAAGAAAAAGAAAUCAAGAAGCAGUUCAUUUUCAGAGUUCUUCAGGAACCCAACCAAAUACAAAAUGCCAGUAUGGAGGAAUAAGAAAUCGAAAGAGAUGUUAGAGGAUAGAUCGUAAUGUUGGAGAACAAGCAAAGAACAAAGAUGGCGAUAUGAUCACCCAGGCUAGUUCAUCUACAUCUAUACUAUACAUGUAGUGGACUGACUGUUUAUCAUAAUGAAUAUAUGAGAUUAACAGCGAUUCAUGGAAAUCCUCUUCAUCGUGAUGGAAACUCCUUAAUUUACAGAAGUUUCACGGAUACGACUCGGUACUUGCUCGAAUUUUGAUUUCGAAGAGCAAGUUCAGUGUCCACAACAUGGCUGACAAAUUUUCUGAUAUCCCUGUCUUUAAAAAUAUUCUUCGGAGAAUAGUGAAAUAUAUUCGACAUUUUUCAAAGGUUGGAAAGCGGGAUCGGAAAAACCCAAUGACAUGUGAUGUGAGAAAAAGCAAUUAAACUAAUGUAAUCGGUUACAUCCAGAUAUUCUUUACUUCAUAAGAUUAUUGAUAUACUCGAUACAUUUAAUCUGAGUUAGUCAAGAAGCUAUGUCACGUUGCAUACAGAUACGCACCUGAAAAAUCCAUAUAUCAAUAUCAAGUAUGCCGCUUUUAUACUUCGAAAAGGUGACAUGGAAUUUAUUCCUGUACUGAAUGGUGUAAUACACACACGAGUACGGUGAAAUAUGCGUGAUAUCGGACAGUAAUCCUGCUUACUGAAUUAUCCGGUAUAUACAUUUCAUUGUUAAUCUUAUAACACUGUUCAAUGUUAUAUUCAUAUCAUUAUAGUGCUAUGUUAAUUUUAAUUCUUAAUAAUGUAAAUAUUAAUCAACUAAUAAAGUUAUAAUUAGAAA